AUGGAGCAGGAACGUCCGAAAACGCCGCCACCGCUGGAAGAGAUAAUUCGAAGGACGACCAUCGACGAUGCGGACCACAUCCAAAACAGCAAGCUGCAGCAUAUCGACAGUAUGGAGUCGCGCACUUCUGAGACUACAGCUCGAACGGGUUCCUUUUCCACAGAAACCAAUGAUUCUUACGUCCGCGAUCACAGAAGGUCAUCCAUCGCAGCUUUUGCCAAGGGUAUCGUACGGCACGUACCAGAAUUCAGGAUGCUUCACCUGCCCGAAAGCAAAGAUGACCAAGACCGGCGAGAUCCCCAGGAAGGAGGUCCGCUUAAACUACACAAGAAAGACCGCAUGCUAUCAUUCGCACCACUUCCUGUUGUCAAAGCGAAGGAGUCGUACGAGCAAGCAUCAAAGCCAUCCGUCGUUAUCGAAGAGCCAACAACGCCAACAAAGACUGCAAAAACCCCAUCGUGCCCACAGUCUCCAACGGGAAAAGGCGGACUGCGGGACCGCAGAAAGGUCAAUCUCGAUCUUUCCAUGCCAACCGUCAUUCCAGACUUACCUGCUCGCGGCCGCUCACCCGUCGAUAUUAUGGCCAACCUCGGUGCUCCACGCGCGCGAAGCCCGAAAACACCGUGGAUUCGCAAAGAGCAGCCGAAGUGGGAGCCAAUGCCAAUGGCCAAAGCUACGCCAAUCCUCGAAGAAGACUACAUUCGGGACAGCACCUCAGCGCUGAAAAAUGACAACAAAGGUGGCGUAGGUCUCCUGCCCGAUACCGAUGCGAUCUUCUCGUCGCAAUCCCCGAAGUUCGAACGACCGCCACCGAAAGUACGAGAUCGGUGUUACAUUGAUCGUCCGCGAUCGAAAAGAACGAGAAGUGGCAGAAGUGAGAAGAGUGGUACGAGUGCCAGCGAUUCCACGGUGGCCAAAACACCAGAUGGGAGUUGGACCCCAGCAGAAGAGAAUAUAUACAGAGAACAGCAAGCCCGAACAAAGGCAGAGUUGCAGCAAAUAGCGAGCGAAUCCAAGGCGACACGUUCGCGCCGCUGGUUAUGGCUGAACAAAUCGAGUGACGAUGCACCACCCUCUCCUGGACCCGCGCAAUCUCUCAAUCGCCGCUUCUCUUUCAAUCCCUUCCGACGCUCAAACCGCAUCUCCGACCAAAACGGCACAGAGGCUACCAAACAGCAAACUCCAUUCUCCUUCUUCCCGGCUCGGGGCAAACAGGUACCUCCAGUAAAGUCGCUCGCACAGAUGCAUGCUCCGCCAGCCUUCAUCCCACCGGGUCUCCAACGCGUACCAACUCCACCAAUGUUCGACUCAAACGGCGAAGUCAAAGGCAAGCUAGCAGACUUCUUCUUCGACGUCCACGGCGGUGGCAGCGCAAUCAACACACGCAACAAGCCCAAGUCCAGUCCAGGCGGCUACUGGGAUUCCGACGCCCUACUCAUGAGCCUAGCAAACGACAUCGACAACCCCUCAGACGAAGCAGAAGACGAAGGCCCCUCCGGCCCCCGCAGCGACUUCAUCAACCCCCCCGUUGACUUUGGCCCGAGCAGUACCCUCACAGCAAGCACAAGCAAUGAAAUCGGCAACGCAGCAGGUUACCUCGGCGUAAAACCGCCAGCCAGUCCCUCCCUAGCCGCCACAUCCCCCAUGCUGGGCCACGACGUCUGGUCCCGCAUCCACCAAUCGCACUACCCCGACACCCCCGACGAACGCACUCUCGCAGCGCUCGCCCGCCAAGAAGAAGAAGAGCGACGCAAGUUUGAAUGGCUCGUCCCUGAACACCUUCCUAAUAGUCCGCUGUGCCCUCUGCAUCCGAAGUAUAGGGGGCCCAGCGCGGACUUGUGUUACUGGCAUGGACGUAGGUCUGGUAAUGAGAUUAGGAAGGGGGAGUAUGGGGGGUUGGGGGCGAAGGGGGUUUGGAAUAGCGCGAGUGGGAGUAGUGGGUAUAGCCAGCAUGAUUAUGGUUUUGGGGAUAACGGAGUGGCUGGGGGUAUGCCCAGGCUCGCGGGGACGCCGAGUAGGGAGGUGAAGAAGAGGAGAUUGAUUAGCUUGUCUAAUUCUUAA